CCCCAUUCCCUCAGAUACCGUGGUGAUUAUACAUGACAUAGGAGGAGUUUAUGGAUACCUUUAAAACCCUAAGUCUCCCUGCUCGCCAGAUCAUUUCUUCUCAGCAUCCUGCCCAGCAAAGAAGUAACUCGCCAGAAUGAUACCUGGAGGCUUGACAGAGGCCAAACCUGCUACAGCAGAAGUCCAGGAGAUUGCUGACCAGGUCAAAGCACAGCUGGAAGAGAAAACCAAUGAGAAAUAUGAAAACUUCAAAGCCGUUGAGUAUAAAACUCAAGUUGUCGCUGGAACCAAUUACUUCAUUAAGGUAGAUGUAGGGAAUGAUUCUUUCAUACACCUGAAAGUCUUCAAGGAUCUUUCUGGAGAGGAUCAUUUUGAACUUACUGGUUACCAGACUAACAAAACCAAGGAUGAUGAGCUGACCUACUUCUAAGCAGCAAGUUCUAAAGUGACCUGAUUCCUCUCAGUGCAAACAGAUGUGGCCAUCAAUAAAGAAACAUUCUUGAAACAACUGUUUUCCUCCAUUAUUUCUCAAUAUUGUGUCAACAUUUACUUCCUAGACAAUUAUUUAAAAAAACGGAGUAUUUCUUGAAUCUGUGUCCUCCUUUGGCAAGAGCCAUGGUAAUCUCUAUAUCAUUCCAAUUUUUAAUAUACAUGCUGUCAUAUAGAGUAGUGUUCAUGGUUCAGAGUAGAAAUUCUGCAAUAAAUGAUAUCAACUGGAAACCUUAUAAAACCUAUCGCUCAGUUGCAAAUGGAUGAAGGUCCAUCCUACCCUCUCCUUGCUGUAGGUGCUUUGGUGGCUGUCAGGGAAACACACUGAUCCCUUUGGUUGCCUGGAACCCAGAGUGUCAUCUCUGCUUUCAUAUUUGAAAAUUAAAUUUGUAUUUUAUAAGUCAUGUUUUAAAACAAUCGUAAUGUAUAAAGAAGCUGCCCUCUCCCCUCCCCCACGCUUCCCUUGCACUUGAGAGUCAGUUGCAGUGAGUCCCCGUUACCAACAAAUGCUUCCUGGUGCUCACUAGUGCAAACAGUAGUGUGCACUUCCCACAAGGCCAUUCUCCUGCACAGCAAAAAAAACAACAAUCAAGACCAGGAAAUGAACAUUUAUGGCACAGUGACAUCUUGUCCCCAGGUGCUACUCAAGCCUCUCAAGUUGUUAUAAUAAUGUACUUUUUUAUAAAAUGUAUUAAAAACUAUUUUUAAAAUCUCACUGUGGGGCUUCUUCCCACCUUAGACAAGUUAUGUUCUCAGAUGAAAGACAUACACAUGACCUAUGUAUUUUAAUAUGCCUUAGGAAGCGUUAUAGUUGGCAACUAUCUACCCUCCAUAACCCUAGUUAUUACUUGCUAUAUUUCAUCUGGAAUGCCCUUAUCUCCAACAAGACAGCCCUCUGAGCCAUAUUCUCUUGGCCUCUAGCCCAUGGCAGCUCACUCUCCUCCUGCUUCUUCUUCAUGGUCUCUAGCCUGGGGAAACCUAAACCCUGCCUAUGUCUCUUCUCCACAGUUAUUGGCUGCUGGCAUCUUUAUUUACCAAGUAUAAUUAAGUGGGGACAGGGCCCCUCAGGCUAUGUGCAGACUCUAAAUCUUGGAGGCCAGCAUUACAAUAAACGGUAAAAGACAAAACCUCAACAAUUCCCCCCUUUUAGUCCAGAGGAAAUUUGUACUAGUGAGUACCAGGAGGCUAAUAAAAUGUUUUUUUCUCUUAGAUAUAAUUUGAAUACAAUUAUAACAAUUAUGCUAAUUAUAAGGUAUUAUAUACACUUAUUACAUCCAGUCCAUCAUAUUUGACAAUUUAGAUAAAGUAUUCUGUCAUCUAUCCUAACUUAAAGAGUUUAGAAUUCUGUACCUAAAUCAUGUUUGAUUUUAACUUGUAUUACCAUCUGAAAACCAUCCUUUCAAGUCUAGAACGUUUUCUUUAGUGUUAAAAAACUUAAGUUCAAUUGUGAGAUCAUAACUAGUUUUUUACCUUGUCAGAGAUUUGAGAAGGUAUUAAAUAUUAUCUGAAUAUGUAAAAAGCAUAAAGACACAGCUUCCAAAAUUUAAAUAACUGGCAGAGGCAGCUGACUACCUGGACAGUCCCCAAUAUUUCUUAUAAAGUUGUAACAUCUGUGUUCAACCUUCUGGCCCAGAACAUCUGACAGACCUUAAGUGAAGUAGAAAUUAUGAAGGACUAGAUUAGCCUGUAUUGGCAGAGCAUAGCAGUUGAUUAUCCCGUGUCUGUUUGUCCUUUUUGGAUGGCAUUCUGUCUGUAGAUGAAAUUAGGGCAUUUCUUGUUCAAUGGCUAGCUUGUCACAAUUGAAGUAACUCCAUAUGGAGGUAAUGUUCAUCUUCUUCUUUGAAGUGGAUGGAAAUAUUGUCAGGAGCAGACUUGUCUCAUAGCCAAAAGAUUUAUUGUUUGUGAAAUAACAUUAAAUGUUAUAUUUUGUGGAUUUCUGAUGCUUUUGAAGACCAUCUAUCUAUGUAUAGCAUAAGAAUUGUUAAACAUUAUUAUUUCUAGCUAUUUACUAUUUGAGUGACCUUGAAAACACUUUAUUGUAAAUAACUAAAUUAGAAUCUAACAUGCCCAUGAGUUUGACUAUCUGACUUUAACUUGAAUUACUUAAUCAUUUUAAAUAUUUUGAAAUAGCAGCUAUUAAAAGAACUGGGUCUAAGCCUUAUAUUCUUAAAUGAGUUGCAUAGGCAUAAUGCCUAUCUAAAAGAAACAAAAUUAAUUUAAAAUUUUGUAUCAAUGUAUAAAGAUUUCUACCAAUAAAAACCUUAAAC